GAAUAUGGCCAGGCAGGAAUGAAGUAUGGUGGCAGAGGCGAACAUGGAGGAGCGCAGAGGCUGCGUGUGUCUGCGGGCUCUCUGAGAACAACAGCGGCGCUCUCACUGCAGGGAACCGCGGCGGAAAGUUUUACUUUAGUCUUUCCACUCCUGUGGCCGCGGACUGCGUCGAGCUGUGGGCGUGUGGGAAUGCAGUGAAGGCGAAGUUUUUGCGGCGGGCUGCUGCCCCCUCACCCGUCCUGACGCGAUGCCGUGGACCAGCGGCCGAAAGCGGGCAGAGAGCUCGGAGCUGCCGCUGCCCGCCGGCUGGGAGGAAGCCCGGGAUUACGACGGGAGAGUGUUUUUUAUCGAUCACAAUACCCGGCAAACAUCGUGGAUUGACCCCAGAGAUAGGAUCACCAAACCGCUGACAUUUGCUGACUGUGUUGGAGAUGAACUGCCUCUUGGGUGGGAGGAAGUUUACGACCAGCAAGUGGGAGUUUACUACAUCGAUCAUAUCAACAAGACCACCCAGAUGGAAAACCCGCGGACUCAGUGGCGACAAGAGCAGGAGCGCAUGCUGAAGGAGUAUCUUGUAGUGGCCCAGGAGGCCCUGGAAGCCAAGAAGGAGAUCUACCUGGUCAAGCAGCAGCGCCUGGAGCUGGCUCAGCAGGAAAUGUUGCUCUUCCACGAGCUCUCAGAGGACAACCGCUCUGUCGCCAGCACACUCUCCAGCUCAUCCUCAAAUGCGAAAUACGACCCUGACCAAAUCAAAGUGGAAAUAGCUUGUCGACGAGAGCGGCUCUCCAGACUGAAGCAUGAGUUGGCCCAGGUGAAGCAGGAGCUCCAGUACAAGGAAAUGGGAGUGGAGACCCUGCAGGAGAUUGACAGGAAGAUGUCCUGCAGUCACACAAACUACAAGCUGGAUGAGGCUCAAGCAAUUUUCACCGAGCUGCGUAGUAUCAAGAAGGCAAUCAGUACAGGCGAGAAGGAGAGGCAGGACCUUAUCCAGAGCCUGGCAAAGCUGACUGUCCACUUCCAAAGCAGCCUGUCUAUUACCGAUUCAACCAGCGAGGUGGUGAACAGCACUGCACCCACGCGUGACUCCUGCAGCCUGCAGCAGUACUGUGAUGCUGGAUGUCAGACUGACAUCAUGGCAGAGUAUGGGUCUCAAGAUUCCACGCAUUUGGUGGAUAAAGUGAAGCUGAACUGGCAGUACGAGGAAGCCAAGAAACAGAUGCAGAGUAUACAGCACCAGCUAGCACAGCUGGACACAGAGAGCUGGUCGGGUCGAGCUGAGGCGGACCGAGACUGGGACUUCAUGCAGCUUCUGCGUGAGAAGGAGGCUUUGUUACAGGAGAUUAUUCUGGUCAGCAAGCAGCAGCACCCUCCAGACACCCUGCUGCAGCUGGAGGAGGAGCGGAACCGGCUGGAGGAGGAGGUGCAGAGGGCCCAGACCUCGCAGAGCCAGGGAGCCAGUCAGAGGAUCUUGCAGCAGGAGAAGAGGAACAUUCUGCUGAGGCAGCUGGAGGAGGCAACUCGGAUCACCACCUACCUCCAUUCUCAGCUGAAGAGCCUGUCGGCCAGCUCUCUGACUGUGUCGUCCAGCAGCAGUCGGGGCUCUCUUGCCUCCAGUCGGGGCUCGCUGGCGUCCAGCCGAGGCUCCCUCAGCUCUAUCAGUUUCACUGACAUCUAUGGUCUGCCCCAGUACGAGCGCCAUGAGGGGGCAGGGGAGCCGCUCGAUUCCCACCUUCGCUACCUACUGCCUCCAGAGUCCUUGUCCAGAGAUUGUCCCAUGUUCUCCCCUGAUCCCCUGACUCGGAGCAAAGCCAAACGCUCUCACGACACCCCGCAGUCUCUGGCAUCACUCUCUUCCCGCUCCUCGCUCUCCUCCCUGUCACCACCCAGCUCUCCCAUGGAGACGCCCUACCACUCUGCCCCUCAGGACUGUCCGCUCACCCAGAUGACAGAGGAGUACAUGGAGCUGGCGGGCCGUGGCCUCUUAGAAGGACUGCGGGUUCAGUCACACACCGAAGAUGUGGGCAGCAUCGGCACCACUGUACAUCAUCUGGACAAGACUCACAGGGAGAGCAGCGCUCAGGGGGCUUUCACCUCUGCAGGAGUCACUCUGAGGCCGAACGGCACCAACAGAAGUAGCAGACGGGCCAGGAGAGUGUCCGCAGGUGUGUCCGAGGAUGCCUUAGCCACAGACAGCGGGGUCUUUGAGGCCUGGAACAGAAGGGCGGAGGAGUCUGAGGAGCCGCCGUACAUGAAAGAGCAGACGUCUGUGAGUGAGCACGCUCAGAUCCAACUUGGACUGCUUUGGAAUUCCAGUUCUCAGUCUCUCUUACUGCAUCUGCUACAACUCAAGAAUCUCAGCAGAGCCUUGGUCAAAGAUGGCUGCAAAGUGUAUGUGAAGGUGCACUUGAUUCCACUGGACGCUGGCAGGGCCUGCGCCUUUUACUGUUGUAAGGCCUUGGAACCGCAGCCCCACAUGAAUUUCAACGAAGGCUUCCACAUUCCUGUCGCCGUCGACGCUCUAUCAGCGUGUGCUCUGCAGUUGUCUGUGUGCUCGCUGGGACUUCAGGCUCAGGAAGAGUUACUGGGCACAGCACAGGUGAGCCUGGCAGAUUGUGAGGGGAAUGCAGAGAUGGUUUUUCACUGGCUCCGGGUCCAGAUGUUGACCAGGACCGAGUUACAGAGUCGGGAGCAGAAGAGCCUCAAUCACCGCAGGCAUCAUGAUAGCCAGGAAGAAGAACAGAGAGCCAGAGCCACGGACGUUGUGUGCACGCUGGCACGUUCCCCCACCACCUCCACCAGCGCCAUCACACAUCUGGAGGAGCGGGAUGCAGAGCUGGGGCUGCAAAGGCUGGAGAAGAACAAAGAGCCUGGGGAGGCGGCAUCUGAGAGGAGCUGGCAGGCGGAGUCUAUGGACAGCGGCUGCAGCAACAGCACAGUGUUCACAGCUCCAUGUUCAGAAGGCCUCUGUGCAGACGGCAUCUGCAUUACCAGCGGAGGGCGCUGUGACCAGACAACAAGCAAAGUGGUGACAGUAAAGGUGGAGAAGGCCACCAUGACAGAGAACGUGUUCCCAGAGCUGGUGCGGGUCCGACCCAAAGAGAGAGGCGGACGCUGGGGUCAUGCCUCGCCUUUCAUGCGUGGCAGUACCAUUGUUCGCUCUCAGACCUUCUCUCCUGGUGCUCGCAGUCAGUAUGUGUGCAGGUUAUACCGCAGUGACAGCGACAGCUCCACUCUACCAAAGAAAUCACCUUUUGUAAGAAACACAUUGGAAAGAAGAACAUUGCGUUACAAGCAGCAGUCGUACCGCUCUGCUUUAGCUGAGCAGCCGAUUCGGACCUCCCUGGACUUGGAGCUGGAUCUCCAGGCCUGCAGGACCCGUCAGAGGCAGCUGAUGGAGGAGCUGAGUGCUCUGAGGGAGCUCAAGAUGCGUCUGGAGGAGCCGCAAGCAAGGGAAGCUGCCGAGCUUCCCUUGUGGGCGCUGAGGGACGAUCGUUUCCGCUGCCUGCUCCGAGAGGCUCAGCGACAGGCCAACCAGAGCAAGCAGGAGCAGCGUCAGGAGGAGGCGUCGGAAAGGAGGCUGAGAAAGGCUUCCAAAGAGGUUCUCCAAAUGAGGGGCCAGAGCCAGAAGGAGCCCCUGCCUGUGCAGACAUUCAGAGAGAAGAUGGCCUUUUUCACAAGACCAAGGUUCAACAUACCUCCUUUGCCCGCCGACGACGUGUGACAGCUGCUCUUCCACGUUUGGUGACUACACAUGAAGUAUUUGCUCUGUGAACUCUUGAAGUACAAAGAGCCGUCCUCUGUACCGAGGACACGCACAGGGGUGGUGUGUGCAGACUUUGAAGAUAAGAAGGUUUCACAUUUUCUGAAGUGUGUGUGUGUGUGUCAGUACUCAUGCACACACACCAUAAACAGUUGAUUCCUUUUAUAAGGAAGUGUUAUUCUCUCUUUACUCCUGUAUGUUUGUGCUUACCAAAAGGCUGGAAGAUGGGAACAAAGUCAGUUUAGACAAAUUCACUGUACUGUAACUUAUAGUACUUUUCCUUGAAGGAAAUUUAAACACUUCCUGCUUUUUAAGUGUAUUUUGUAGCUUUGAACAAAUAGCACUUCAGUGUUUUUACAUACAGUAAUUAUGUAACUAUUUUGUUUCUGUUCCAUAAUUCUUAAAAGUUAUUUACAUCAAAUGUCACUUUGUAAUCCACCUUUAGUACAGAUGUCCUUUUUGUUGUUAUAUUAUUAAAGUUAAUAUUAUUUCAUGUACUUUUCAGUAUACGGAUGAACAUGUGAAACACAGUAUUCACAUUUUUUUCUGCAGUGUUACCUCUUGUGAAGAUAAAAUCAUUAAACCACAUGUUGGCGCUC